GUCUUACCCAACAGGUAACGCUGCAAACACGUCUUCCAGCUGAGGAGUGAUUGUCUCUGGGGAAAUCACAGUUUUCCUACACUCUGACCUCCUCAAACAGGUGUGCAAUUUUCACCUGCAGCCUUGCACAGCCCGGAUCUCGACAUGGGCGGCACAGAAAAUCCGUUUUCUGACGCAGAUUUUCUGAAAAAUGAUGACUUCUCACUCAAUCUGACAGCUGCCAACACCAGCUUGCUUUACCCGUCUCUUCUGUCACCAGUGAUGGACAAAACCAUCAACAUAAUAAUGAUUGCAGUGCUGUUAAUCGUCAUGGUUUCACUGGGAUGCACCAUGGAGGUGACCAAGAUCAAAGAUCACAUACUGAAACCGAAAGGUGUGGCCAUCGCAAUUCUCUCCCAGUAUGGCAUCAUGCCUCUCACAGCGUUUUGCUUGACUAAGGGUUUCCAGCUGUCUGAAGCCACAGCUGUGGUGAUUCUGAUCUGCGGCUGCUGUCCUGGAGGAGCCCUGUCCAACAUCCUGGCUCUGGCUAUAAAGGGAGACAUGAACCUCAGCAUUGUGAUGACCUCCUGCUCCACGCUGCUGGCUCUGGCCAUGAUGCCUCUGCUGCUGUACCUGUACUGCCACGGCUUCUCCAACCUGCAGAAAGCGGUGCCGUAUGUGGGCAUCGUCACUUCCCUGGUUGCGAUCCUGGUACCUUGCGGAGCCGGCAUCCUCAUCAACUACUUCCGGCCGCAGUAUUCAAAGAUAAUCACAAAGGUGGGCCUCUGUGUUUUGAUGAUUUCCAUACUCGUCAUCUGCAUCAUUUCCAUCGUUGAAAUUGGAAGCUCCCUCCUUACCAUGCUCUCGCCUCCUCUCAUGGCCAUCGCUGUCCUCCUGCCCCUGAUUGGCUACGCCUUUGGUUACAUCAUCUCCUGGGUCUUCAGGCUUACACAGCCAGAGCGGAGGACCGUUGCUAUGGAAACUGGCUGCCAGAACAUCCAACUGUGUGCCACCAUAGUGAAGGUAGCCUUCCCCCCCGCUGUGAUCGGACCCAUGUACCUGUUCCCACUCGUCUUGGGGUUCUUCCAGGUGGCCGAGGCAGCGCUGCUCAUCGUCCUGUUCAGGUGUUACCACUGGUUCACGACAAAAGGAAAAGAUUCAUACCAGCCGACAUCAACAGAGGAGAAGCUGAAGGAAAUCUCUGAAGGAACUGCGUGACCACCGCAUCCCCCAAAUAAAAAAUAUCACUUUAAACAAGUGGAAAAGUGUCAUAAAAGCACAUUAGAGACAAAACUUAUGGUUUAUUAAAAUUGAUUUAUUCAUCAAGUCUAUUUUCAAUACACCAUACAAACAUCUAUCUUCACUGAAAAUAAAAAUCCUCAUGUACAAAAAAAACAAAAAACAAAAAACUUUUCCCCUCAAAUUCAUGUCUAUAUGUACACACACAGGAACGUCUGUCAGAAUACCCUAACGG